CCAUCCACAGACACACAUCGUUCUCCCUCCCUAGAGAGUCCUUCAUCACCCCCUCCUUUAUCUUCACCUUUCCUCAGCUCGUAUCGGCCUGCACUUUUCCGAAUUCUUAUUCCCGUCGCCAAUUGAUUUCUCGGGGUCAUGGGUAUAUUUUCCAAAAAAUCGAGCUCUAGGGCAAAUUCUGUCACUUCAGAGAGCACUUGCAAGUCGAAUCGUAAGGGUUCUCAAACCUCCCUUGCGAGCACUCCCAAACCUCCUUUUACCGGUAAACAAGGCAGAUCCUCUUCCUCUGGAAACACUUCACCAGCUUUGCCUUCCAUUCCAUCCAUUGAACUAGCACCUGCGCCAGAUCCAGGAUUAGAUCCCUCCGGUUAUCUCAGAAGCAUUUAUGCCGUUAGAGAGCGUUCCAAGUUUGUUAUCGAGGCAGCACUAAGAAAUCAGCUCACCAACUUCACUGUUGACAUGACCAAGUUUAAGGAUGUUGCCGAAUACGUCGUCUCCAUAAUAAAGAGAGACUAUGCUCCCGAUUAUCACACGAUUCCUCCUCACGGUCGGUGGCAGCAUUUUGAAGUCGGCGGUCGCCCUCGCAUUGACGUAAUGAUGCAAUCCUGGCCUUCUGACCCCGCGGAGCAAACUAGGAGGCUUAUUGAUUUGUUCUUGGUUUCUGUCCUGCUCGAUGCCGGCGCCGGGACAAAGUGGCAAUAUAAGUCGAAGGAUAAUGGCAAAGUUUAUCGUAGGAGCGAGGGUCUGGCGGUUGCUAGCUUGGACAUGUUCAAGGAGGGCUUAUUCUCAAGCAAUCCCGAGCAGAAAGAACAAGUGGACGGCAUGGCAUUGAAAAACUUGACUGUACAGGUUUUGGCUGAGGCCCUCCAGGUUUCAGAAUCAAACCCACUGAGUGGGCUUGAAGGGCGUUCAUCUCUUUUGAUCAAACUAGGUGAAGCUUUGGACAACCAAGACUUUUUUGGUGUAGAUUCUCGCCCUGGAAACAUGUUGGACUAUCUCUUGCAGCAUUCAAGCACCCAGAGGUUCGGAGUCACUCCAGUCAUCCCUGUUCCAACUCUGUGGUCGGUUUUGAUGGAUGGACUUGCCCCAAUCUGGCCUCAGUCGCGGACCCAAUUUGACGGCGUCUCCCUCGGCGAUGCUUGGCCUUGUUCCUCUAUGCCCCCGGCUCCUGGCUGGGAGCGUAUUGUUCCGUUCCACAAACUCACACAAUGGCUUACGUACUCAUUGAUGGUUCCGAUGUCGAAGCUCAUGGGCGUAAUGUGGGCUGGGGAACGUCUGCUUACUGGUCUCCCAGAGUACCGUAACGGUGGGCUACUAAUUGAUACUGGCCUCCUCACUUUGAAGACAGCCCAAAUGGAACGUGGCAUUAAAGCAUACCAUGCGAAUGCAAAGAAGGCUGGCCAACCCAAUGUGGAAGUUGUACCGCUUUUUACCGCGGAUGAUGACGUUGUUGUUGAAUGGAGGGCUUGCACGUUAGGCUUCUUGGAUAUGUUGCUCGGAGAAGUAAACAAUCUCCUUGAGCUGAAGGGGGGCGAGCAGCUAAGUUUAGCGCAAAUGCUGGAAGCCGGAACCUGGAAGGGAGGAAGGGAACUGGCUGAGGUUUCGAGGCCCAAUACAAAGGAGCCCCCCAUUAUGAUUCUGUCAGACGGAACCGUGUUUUAGGCUAGCUUGACACGCAGGUCACAGGUGAUUUCGCCUAUCACGCUUUCUUAAUAUUUCUUGCCCCCAUUCACGCCGGAGCGGGCGACGAAUUGUCAACGUCCGCUGCGAAUUUCUGCAUAAUUGAUCUGUCUCUUCCGGAGGAGUUCCCUUUUCUUUCAUUCAUCCAUUACGGCGGGUGUCUCCAAUGGCCUGACCUCUCAUGCACACAAAUUAUCAUGUGCAUUUUUUCCCCUCAUUCAUCACAAGUUUCCCCCUUACCCCUUGCGUUCCUCAUGUUUUGAUCUCGCUAUUUUUACCUGUGACUUAAUUUGCAAAUCUUCCUGGUCUUCACCAUUCUAUGUUAAUUCUAGGGUCUUCGUGGUAGGCCAUGAUACCAAUGUCAUGAUAGAUUGAGGGUGUAUGAAGCUAGGAAAGUUGUGAAAUGCCGUGGUUGUAAGCCCGUUGAUCAAGGCAGUUUCUGGGUUCUA